GAAAUGUACAUAUAUGAUAUGAUAUCUGCAUUUGACUUUCUUUUUAAAUGUAUGCAGGCUCCUCUAGACCGGUUACUACAGAUGGCUAGAGCGGGAGGACCCUGCUACUCCGCGCCGCGACUUAGUAAUUAAUUCCGGUGCUCGGCUUUACUGUCGACUUGCAGACCGCAUACUCUUAUCGGACUCAACCGGGACACUCAUUGAUGAAUGCAUCCGUGUGUAACCGGUCAGAGGAAACGAAGCCUUUCUUAACAACCAAUUAUUUUAUAAUAAUUCGCCUCAUAUAAGAAAGUGUUCAAAAUCUAAGAGGGAAAUGUAUGAUAACAAAUCUCAACGUUAAUUAUCUCUUUUGAAAAAAUUGGAGAAUUUCGCUCCGAUAUACGCCGAAAUCGUAUCAAACGAAGUCACCAGCCUUGUUAAGGGGGAAAGUGUAUUUAUUCUGCCGCUAUUCCAGCUUUAUAAUCAUUAUUCUCCCGGCUUUAUAAUCACUAUUCACUCAUGCCCCCGUCCUGUCUCAACUACUUAAACUUACCAAUCCGCCUCUCUUUAAGACCAGCAACAAUAACAACAGCACUCCGCAGCACCACCACUCGUUAUAAUAGUACCGAUACUAGAACUCGCCUCGCCAAAAUGUCCGUCUCAACCAAGCAAGAGGCUGAGAUCAAGCGGAACCCGCACCCAGACUUCAAGAAAGUUGAAGCCUCGCGCCCGGACUGGGACAAAUCCUCACAAUUCCACUACACAAAAACCGCAGAACCAUCAUGGGCCUUCGGCUCCGGCGCCAACACCCUGAGCGACCCAACCGCGGCGAGUAAAAAACACAUCACCAUCGACCCAUACGCACCAGGGCGUCCCGCGCCGUUCAACUACAAGCUACUAAUCAGCGGCAUCGUGCCGCGGCCCAUUGGUUUCCUAUCCACGGUAUCAUCCGAAGCCAGCGACCCAGCAUCCCAAAAAAUAGACGAUUUGAACUUAGCACCGUUCUCAUAUUUCAAUAUGGUCAAUCACGACCCUCCGCUUUUCGUCAUCGGUUUCUCGUCCGACCCCGCGAACCCAAAGGAUUCCCUGCGUAAUCUACUCGCGCGACGUGAAGGUGUGGUUAACAUCAUCGGCGAGGACUUCAUCGAAGCCGCGAACGCGACAAGUGUGGAUGCACCGCCCGGCGCUUCGGAAUGGGCUGUUUCGGGCUUAACCCCGGUUUUUGACUGUGAGGAUGUUAAGGCCCCGCGCGUGGCCGAGGCUGUGUUUAGUGUGGAGUGUAAAUUGGAGAGCGCGCGUGAGUGGGAGAGUAGGGCUACGCCGGGGAAGAAGACUGGGUGUAUGGUUGUGCUUGAAGGCACUAAGUUUUGGGUUCGUGAGGAUGCUAUUAAUGAGGAGCGUAACUUGAUCGACCCUGCGGUGUUGAAGCCUGUUAGUAGGUUGGGAGGUAUUACGUAUGGGCGGCUGACCGAGGCUCUUGAGAUCCCUAGGCCAAGGUUUAAGGAGGAUGUUGGUGGACCUGAGGGGUAUGAGGAGUUGAAGAAAAAGAGAGGUGAUGCUUCGAAAUGAAGUGAUGGAUUGCCUCCAGGGCCAAUGGCCCCGUGGGGUUAUUUAUGGCGCACUUCGCCCAUUCUAUAUACUAGAAGAGACAAUACUAGACCAGAACUUGAGGAAUAUACUUAAAGACUAGAACUGUGGCUCGAUAUUCCAUCUGUACGUAUGUGUUACACGGAGUGUAAGGAAGAUGACGUAUCAAGUAGGACAGCUACGGGUGCAUGAAAAGGUCGACCUAAUCUCAACAGCGUGACAGUAUGUUCCACAUUAGUCUAGAUGCUUCUUCGAGGACAUCGCUCUUCUUGCUUUCAAGGAAUGAUCGCGUCUCGCCGUGAGAGGAAUUACCGUGUAUACCUGACGUAUGGCUAUACAAUACCAAGCGAGGCGAUUGGACUAAGCUAGGUCUAUAAUAGAACUACCUAGGCACAAACCCAGCCGCUAUUUCGGAUUAUGCGGGGGAUCAUCCGGGGUCAUAGAAGUUAGUUGUGG